GCGCGCCCCGCGCCCGGCACUGCGCACGCCCGGACUACGGCUCCCGGCGGCCCCGCGCGGGCGGCCGCCCCUUCGCCGCCUCCCGCCGGCACCGAGCGGCUCGCGGUGUCGGCACUGCCCGGCUGCCGCCGCCGCCACCCCGGACCCGCCCGCGCCCGCGCCGGGACAUGGACUCCGACUCCUGCGCUUCGCCGUUUGCCCCGGAGGACUUCUCCCCCGGCUCCCGGCGGCACCGCACCGUGGAGGACUUCAAUAAGUUCUGCACCUUCGUCUUGGCCUACGCCGGCUACAUCCCGUACCCCCAGGAGGAGACGCCGCUGAGGAACAGCCCCAGCCCUCCCAACAGUACUGGAGGCACGAUUGACAGCGAUAGCUGGGAUCCCCGCUUCAAUGACACCCCCUCCUCUGUCUCCCUGCCCACCAAGAACAGAAAGAACUUUAGUCAGCUUAAGCGAGCAAAACCGUAUGGUUCCCUGUUCCAGCGGGCAAAGGCCAGCAACUUCCUGCCAGAGAGAAAGCAAAUCGAUAAGAUCAGGAAGAAGAAAAAGCUGAAAAGGAGGGAAACAGAGGUGUCUGCAGAGGAGGACUAUGAGGAGAAGCUGCUGGACCUGGAGGCAGAGGACUCUUACACAGAGACGCCGAUGAGCCCCUCGUCAGAGGGCGACCCUCAGUCUGUGACUGAGCACUGCUCGGUGUGGGACUCUGACACCCCGUCCAGCGUCUCCUACCCUGCUGUGACGGCUGAGCAGACGGUGGAGAUCCAGAGCGUGGGCAAACGAACGGUCAUCCGGCAGGGCAAGCAGGUGGUCUUUCGGGAUGAGGAUGGCACUGGUGAUGACGAGGACAUCAUGGUGGAUUCAGAUGACGACUCGUGGGACCUCGUCACUUGCUUCUGCAUGAAGCCUUUCGCUGGGCGGCCCAUGAUCGAGUGCAACGAGUGCCACACUUGGAUCCACCUCUCCUGCGCCAAAAUCCGCAAAUCGAACGUCCCAGAGAUCUACAUCUGCCAGAAGUGCCGGGACUCCAAGUUUGACAUUCGCCGUUCGAACCGCUCCCGGACGGGCUCGCGCAGGCGCUUUCUGGACUAGGGGGGUGGCACGUGCUGGUGCUCUGUGUGGGUGGGCGAGCCGUGCGUGCCGGCCGGGAGGCCGGGGAGGGCUCCCCUGAACUGCUGCUGCUCAGGCGGGAGGGCUGCCCAGCCGGCCUGUGGCCCAGGAAUGAGGAAUCGCCGAGCCGCGGGCAGCCGGAGCUGGGAGCGGCCGACUGGGCAGAACUGUGGCGAGAGACUCUCGAGGGACAGACGGAGCUCUCUGAGCUCAGUGGAGUUUUGUCUGGUUACGAUGACUGGGUGAUGUACUAUACCUUUGCCAAGUAGGUUUUCUCAUCCCAUUGGGAAACUGCAAAUCUUCUCUGUGCUAGAAAACUCCUCCUCCUCCCAAAGAGGGAGGGGAGGAGGAGGGAGUCUGUGUGAAGAGUCUGAAAAGUAAAUGGCCCUGUGUUUUAAAUUCA